AUGGGCCGCGGGGCGGCCGACGUGAUGCUGGGCGUCUACGAGUCGUGGCAGCGGGGCGACCGGAGGCUCAGCGGCACACGGACCGCCGAGGAGGUGUGGUUCCGCACGGCCUCGCAGGCUGGGCUCAACAUCGUGCCCGAGCCGAUGUACGCAGCGAAGUCCCUCUACACGGAGAGCGGGCUGCCUUGCUUCUCGGAGGCGACCUUCAAUCCUGUCUGGGAGCCGCACCUCGAGCAGUGCUUCGCGGAGGACGCGGGCGACGCGCCAGUCACCGACCUCUUCAGGGCGUUCAGCUGCGAGACGGCAAAUCCGACGUUCUACGAUCUGCUCUGGCCCCAGCAGGCCCAGAAGCUGCACAGGAUGGUGGCCAGCAUUGCCAACCGGAACGAGAGCGAUUUUGUCCUCCUCAUGGUGGUCGACCAGGGCGAGGUCCAGAUGGCGGCGGACACGCUCACCAGCGUCGCCAAGCAAGACCUGGACAUGGACACCAACAGCAUCGUCGUCGGGACUUCCCCCGGCGUCUGCAAGGUUGGGUCCCCUUUGAUUCUUGUAGCGACACCACUCUGA